UCUUUCUUUCACGGUGAUUCUCUCCGUUGGAUCCAGCGGCAGCGGGCCGUCGUACUUUGUAAGUUAUCGGAGUCAACUCCUCCGUUCUUCGUCCUCCUUGGUCGACGGCUUCACGCGCCAGAGAAAUUGACAGAUUUGAGAGAGAACGAAAGGAGACACGAGAGAAAUUGGAAAGGGAACCUCGAAAUUUGUUUGUUGCAAUCAUUAAAUUUCGAAAAUCAUCAUUUGUAGAUUGGCAAUGGGAAAGAAUGAGUUUCUCACACCCAAGGCAAUUGCUAAUCGCAUCAAAGCAAAGGGGCUACAGAAGCUUCGGUGGUACUGUCAGAUGUGUCAGAAACAAUGUCGAGAUGAGAAUGGGUUUAAGUGUCAUUGCAUGAGUGAAAGUCACCAGCGUCAAAUGCAAAUCUUUGGGCAGAACCCAGAACGGAUAGUUGAGGGAUACUCUGAAGAGUUUGAGAACACUUUUCUUGAGCACAUGAAGCGCAGCCACCGAUUCAGUCGUAUAGCUGCCACAGUAGUUUACAAUGAAUACAUUAAUGAUAGACAUCACAUUCAUAUGAAUUCCACACGGUGGCUUACACUAACUGAGUUUGUCAAGUAUUUGGGUCGGACUGGAAAGUGCAAGGUCGAAGAAACACCUAAGGGUUGGUUUAUCACUUACAUUGAUAGAGAUUCUGAGACUCUUUUCAAAGAGAGGAUGAAGAAUAAGAGAAUAAAGUCUGACAUGGCAGAAGAAGAGAAGCAAGAGAAGGAGAUACAGAAACAAAUAGAAAGAGCUGAGCAGUUAAUGCAGCCAUCUGCCACUGGAUCUGAUCAGCCUUCACAGGCUGAGGUUCCUAGAGAAUUAAAAGUGGAAGAUGGAACUAAGAUUGGGUUUUCUCUUGGUUCAUCAGCAAAACCUGUAACCAAGGAAAAAUGGGGGGGACCGAAGGUUGUGUUCGAUGAGGUUGAGGAUGCCAAAAAGGAAGAAAGCAACCGUGGAGGCUCUUUGAAGAGGAAAGAAAUUGGUGGUGGAAAAUCAACAUUGGACGAAUUGAUGCGGGAAGAUGAGAAGAAAAGGGAGAAGAUUAAUAGAAAGGAUUACUGGUUGCAUGAGGGGAUUGUUGUUAAAGUCAUGAGCAAAGCUUUGGCUGAUAAAGGGUAUUACAGGCAAAAAGGUGUUGUGUUAAAGGUGAUUGACAAGUAUGUUGGGGAAAUAGAAAUGCUUGAAAGCAAGCAUGUGCUUAGAGUUGAUCAGGCGGAGCUUGAAACUGUGAUUCCACAAGUUGGUAGUCUUGUCAAGAUUGUAAAUGGAGCUUAUCGUGGAUCUGCAGCAAGAUUGUUAGGGGUUGAUACGGAUCACUUUUGUGCCAAGGUGCAGAUAGAGAAAGGCCCUUAUGAUGGUAGAGUCCUGAAGGCAAUGGAAUACGAGGAUAUUUGCAAAAUAGGCCAAUGAGUUUAAUAGUAAAUGUGAUUAUCUUGUAAGGAAACAUGUACUUUGCUUGAACAAAUUUGUAAUUUUUCACUCUGAAGAGUCCUAGUCAUUUACGGACUUGUAAUUUCUGUUAUCGAAAUGUGGGUUAUCUUGACCAUUUUAACUUCUUACUUGAUCUGGACAAGAUUUAAAAACUGCCAUCUUCUCAAAUUUGUAACAACUGAAGAAUGCUUCCCAGGAUAGAUGGGAUUUAGAGCUUAAGGAAUGGUGGAUAUACUAUUUGCAUCGAAAAUUGUGGCAAUUGUUUUGUUGCUUGAAUUUGUUUGUAAAUUUUGGAAAUUUGAUCGUGA